AUGCUUGAUGGUGAGGGAUUAAAGUGGCUGGGGAUGAAACUGAUAGUUGGACAGCUAAAAUGCUUGCAAAUUGUUGCAAGUUUAACAGCUGUACGAAAUGGUGAAACUAGGAGGGCGGCUUUAAAUACUCUAGCUACUGGUUAUAAGAUUCUUGGUGAUGACAUAUGGAAAAAUGUUGGGAAGCUGAUAGAAGCACAAAGAAGCAUGUUGGAUGAUCAGUUUCAGUGGAAGGCCCAAGAGAUGGACAAAAGGAAAGAGGGGAAGCCUGGUGAAGCUAGGGCUACUUUAAGGCAUUCUGUUAGGGAUAAUGGGUGUGAUUUUCUAUUAAGGCUUUAAGAGUUUGGAAGGCUCACAGUCGAGAUGCAUUUUUCUGGUUCUAGGAUUGAGCGAUUCAUGAUACAGAUAUGUGUUUCAUCUUCGACAGAUUUUUAUUUGAUUUUUUUCCCAAUUUUAUUUUUAUAAUUUCAUGAUUAUUAUGUAAUGAAUGAGUUGGUAUCAUGAUUAUGAAACCUGUGGACAUCAAUCCAAAUGAUGAAUGGAUAAAUGUAAGCAACUACUCCUCAUAUAUUUCAUUUGAUCUGAGGCAUCAGUCCAUUUCAAAUGAAAUCACUAUAUGCUUUGUGCUUUUAAUGAUCCAAUCAUAUUUCUAGUACUUACUCAUCUUUCUAGCAGUUCUUUUUUCUGAAACUUUUUACAUACUCUCCUGUAGAUGGCAAUGGCUGAGAGAAGAUGUUCCUAAUCCGUGGCUAAAAAUACCUAAACCUUACUAGGGAAGAACUACUUAGCAAGGGAGGAAACUUCAAGAGAGGGGACAAAACAUUGGCACACCCCGUUUUACAUUUAUGUUGUAGAGGGCCUUCACAAAUAGCAUGGUGAUGCACAAAUACCAGCUGCAGCAAUGUCCAAUUAUGUCUGAUUUGAGGCUUGCUUCCAAUUUUGUUGUUGCCUCUUAGCAUAUCAUAAUGUCUGAUUAUUUCUGCUUCUUUGCUAAAUAGACUCUAGCAUGGUUGCGUGAGUUGAGAGCACAUUGCUGUAAAUUAUGGUCGUGAUUGAUACUUUUUUUUUUCCCGACCUUUGUUAAUUUAAAAUUGGGUUAAUCCUGUUCAAUUAAGCUUGUGUUCUGAAUAACUUGC